UGGAGUCGCAAAACGCGGAUCGUACCGCGUGCCGCAAUUGGAUAACUAAAAUCGCGCUUCGCCUUACGCCGUGACCAAAGAAUGCACUGAACUGUCCCUGGCUGGUGCACCGCAAGACCCGGGAACCGUGUGCCGUGCGUGAAUCACCUUUUCUGUGGCCAAAUCUGUGAGUUUUGUGCAGUGCAUUGAUUGUUGUUUUUCUUCGGUCGCGAUCACCCUCCACGGUAUCGGUCAGUGAACGCAACACGAGCCCGGGAGCGGUGACCGGAGGCUGUAAGCGGAAGGCCCCGUUCGCCUAAUUAUGCCCCUCCGCAUUAUCGACAUAACACACGGCAGGCGGAGCGCGAGCGAGCUGAGGCCGAUCACGAUACGGAGCUGCGGCGUGCAAUCGUAGUAGACGGGAAUGCUUUGGGAGCCACACAUGGAUGGCUGAUGAUCUGGUAGAGGAAAAGCGUACUCAAUCUGGUAGCGGUAGGACGCGACAGGAGCUGCUCAAACAGAUGUGCGAUGAUGUGGGCACAAAAUUAUGUAAUUUCGUAACCAUCCACCUGCAUCACCAACCAGCUCGCGAUCCAGCCUGUUCCUCCGUCAUCUUUCGCGGACAACACCAGCACACUCUGUAGGCCAACUCCGGCCCGGGUGCAGAUAGUAGGGAAGGAAGCGUGGAAAGCCUGUGCAUCGGUGCAUAAGUGGAGCGGACUGAUUACGCAUUGUACGCACCGUUGCCAGCAUAGCAGCGUAUCGCGUGUGCCCGCCAAUGCAGAAGAGCGUUAGCGCUGAGAUGUCCGGAAAGGGGGAAGGGCUGUGGUUGCUUUUUUUUUGCAGUUCGACCGGGAAACCAUAACAAACUUUGUGCUCGCCGUUGCGGAGCAACAAUCCUGACCGUGUCUUGGAGGUGAUGAACCUGCUGGAAACCAAUCGUGCGCUCCGAGGGUCCUCGUGAAGCAUUUGCAUGUUUCGUGUUUUUGUUUUGAGUGCGAUAGUAGUGAGCAUGGGGCCAAGAUAAUGCGGCCAAAACAAGUGCCCUGGUACGGCAAUACCUUAUCCACCGAAAUGGUGCCUGAAGCGGUUCGGCCAGGAACGAUCCUGCAGCAAAUCGGAUGUUUACCGCCGGCCGUGGUCGAAUGGUGUGAAAUGCAAUGCUCGAGCAACUCGUUCAGUGUUCCUUGUGUUUAUUUUUAGAAAAAGAACCCUAAUAAAGGGAACCCUAGUGGCUGGCCAUUAUUCCGAGAAACAUUUGGAGAGGAAACCGCUGUGUUAAACUCGAUAAAAGCAGAGCGCCUAUAGAGAGGUAGUGGAAGGACGUGUUGUUGGAGGCGGUGCGGCCAUGACGGCCUCCUCCAGUGUGGAAUCGCUAUAUCCUGUCGCAGGCUCGUCCGGUGUAACCGGCGAACGCGUGUGGAGCAACGGAACUGCUCAACGUGUGGUGUCCAGGCCCCAAGGGGUAACAUCACAGCAUCAUCAACCGUCCCAUCAGUCGUCACAGCAACCGGGGGCAACCGGUGGGCAAUUGCCACAACCCAGCUCAACCAUGCCGACCGGACCGAUUACUGCCCGGAAGCCUCCACUGGCACAGGCUGCUGCGUCCGGUGUCGGUACUUCUGCGUAUCGCGGACUGUCCGCUGUCGGCAAGGAAAGAACCGAGCGUAAAGGAUCACAGCCGACGACGCUUCCUUCGCGCGUCUCGCAGCUCUACUACAAGCACGGUCUGUUCCUAUCCAGCUAUCCGACAACCACCACCAGCAUUGCACUUGCCAUCAUCAUCUUCUGUUGCUACCCGCUAUUGAACAUACCCCUUCCGGGGACGAUACCGACGAAGGUGAUAUUCCCGCACACGGAGAGCAUUAGCGAGAAUCUGCAUCUCAGCAGCGCGAACCUAUCGAGUGAGUUCUACAACCCGUUCAGUCCGUUCACGGGUAGCAACAUGUUCAACAUCUACAACAUCAGCCUGGAGACACCGUUCCCGUGGGCACGCAUAGAGCCGCUCCUGUACGUGCAGCAGAUCAUCCUGCGGUCAAGCGUGGUUCCGUGGGAGGCCGAUUUGCUGCUAACCGACGCCUUCCGGGGUCCACUCUACGAAGUGUUCAAGCUGGUGGAAAUGAUUCGCAACCACGAGGAUGUCAAUAAAAUCACCCUGAGCCACCUGUGCCUGCACGUGGAAAACGUGAAACGAUCUUCGCAGCAAACACUGUUCCCGGAGUACAACUGUCUACUAUUGUCACCCGCCAACCUGUGGCAGCAAAACCUGCAAGCGUUCAACAAGGACAGCAAUCUGCUCAAUUCGAUCUUUGUUAAUCAUAAUCUGCAAAAGUCCAAAGUGUCGACCGCCGAAAUGCUGUUUGGGAUCUCAUUGUGUGACACCGGCGUUAAGCGGUACCCGAUGCGUGUGCGUCCCCGGGUUAUCCAGUACGCGGUGACGCUUAUUCUGCGAGAGAACAAUCCGUCGUACAUCCAGUCACUCAAACAGAAGCUUAUUCGUGCCUAUCCGUUACACCAGAAG